CCUUGGUUUACCACAUCCAUCCAAGUGCGAAUAACCCCGGAGUUGCUUCCCUCCGUCAGCCCACGUGUAGAAUACUAGACAGAGAUUGAUAACGAAUCAGCCGGAGAGCUGGUGUGCAGCAGCGGAGAAAAGAGCCACUGGAUGGCAAAUGGAGUCAAUGGACGGGCCUUCAAUUGCCACACACCAGCCACGAAGCGAGGCGGUGAUCAGCCACAGCCGCCUGCCAGAGCAGAAAAACGUUGGGGAUUCAACAGAUACUGUACGCCUGCUGAUUGGCGGGACUCAGCCGGGGUUGCCGAAACGGGCAGAGUCUGGCCGGGGCUGGUCUGUCGAAUCACGCCUCGCCCAACAAGCUUAGAUGGUGGAAGAACGGGUGUUUUGUAUGGUUGGAACUCUGUUGGAAGAUCCCUCCCGACCCGGGAGCUGUACUUCUCUGCAGUGCCUGUACACUCACCACUUCACCACCUAAACCUUCAAUGCAAGUGUAUUAUUCUUUCAUAUCCCGUUCCAUCCCUCCAUCCUACAAGCACGGUGUUGCAUUUGGCUUUGAACAAAUACCUCGGGAUCUUUUUACUUGCCCCCCCGGGCACAGUCAUCCAGCAGUCAGACCACUCACCACUCACCUGUGAUCAAAUCACUUUCCGGAUUCUCUCAUUGCCGCAUCAUCCAUCCUCGCCGCCAACCUUGCGUUUCCCCAACCAUCAUCCCGCCAGUGGACCCUGGGUCGAGUUCCAACUCCGUCCGAUUUUUCCCCCUCCCCUCUGGGAUUUGUUCAGAUCCUUCAUUCCUUUGCUGACUCCUCUCUUGCCUUCUGGAUUGGAUUAUAUUCCCCACCCUCUCCUUGCCUCAUUCUUUUUUCUUCCCUUCUUUUAUUCUUUGGGUCUCUUUUUCAAUUCUUCCCUUUCUUAAAACCUCCCUCCCCCGGAUCCCUCCAUCCGCCUCGACCACUUCGUCUUCCACCACCCUCCACAUACUCACCUUGUAGAGGGUAGACGAGUGACAAACAUCAUCCAAAAUGUCUGCAAAGCCAGCGGACGCUUCCCGGUCUCGUGCCACGGACCCCAAGAAAGUUCACAUCGCCGACACCGCGAUCAACCGCCAGAACUGGUACAAGCAUGUCAACUGGCUCAACGUCUUCCUCAUCAUUGGCAUCCCCCUGGCUGGCUGUAUCCAAGCUUUCUGGACGCCUCUUCAGCUGAAGACUGCCAUCUG